CGCAGUCCAGGGACCCAGAGACCAGCUGCUGCUCGUUAGAGGGGGACCAGUGGACCGCCGUCACCCAGCCCGUGUGGGACGUCAGCGACAGCAGGACCAGCGAGCCGUCUGGAUUCAGGGGAAAACGGGGAAAGGUCAGGUGCGGAGGUAAUGGAAGCGCAGGUGUGGGACGGGGAGUGCGUGGUGACGGAGGGAGACGCCCUGGAUUCGGAGAACAACGGCGCAAGCGCCAGCCCUCAAGACGCACAGGCCGACAUUCCUGAGUGCGGAGCAGGAGAGGUAGCAGGUGGGAGUUCUCCAGCGCAGGUGAAGCUGGAGACGCAGGAGCCCUCUGUCAUCGUGCCCGUUGCGGUAUCAGGUGGGGGUCUUCAGGCCCAGGUGAAGCUGGAGACCCAGGAGGCGUCCCAGAAUUCCCUGUUGGCCCAAAACGCACCUCUCCCAGACAGCCGGGCCCAGACUGAGGAGUUCAUCAUCUUCGAUCAGAACGGGCAGCCUCUUCAGUAUGAGCGUAUGGUGAUUCUGACGGGACAGUCGGAGAACGGGCAGCUCUAUGUGAUCCCGUCUAACCAUUUCGGAGGGGCCCAGGUGCUGCUUCCACAGGGUCAGUUGAUGGACAUUGGCGAGACGGCAGGCCCCUGUGUGGAGAAGUCCAGCACUGAGCAUGCUCAGACCAUCACUCUGACAGCGAUCACAGACCCCGCCAGCGGCUCCACUGUGCUGACAUCACCACCUGUCACUCAAAGCAAGGCCGAGCCCCAGAGUUCCCCUGACAGCUGUCCUGCCCCCCCGAAGCCCCUCCCCCCCAACACGCCCAGCUGGGCUCACCUGCUGCACAGCUGUGAGAAGAUCGGCGACUCCUACCGCGGGUUCUGCACCAACGAGGCGGAGCUGGAGGCGGUGCUUAUGCUGCACAAGCAGCACACCCACAGCGUGUUCGGGACCCGCCAGUCGCCAUCCCCCGCCAAGCCCGCCACGCGCCUCAUGUGGAAGUCGCAGUACGUGCCCUACGAUGGGAUCCCCUUCGUCAACGCGGGCAGCAGGGCCAUUGUGAUGGAGUGUCAGUUUGGGCCGCGCCGGAAGGGGCUCCAGCCCAAAAAGACGCCAGAGCAGGAGAUCAGUACCAGGGCCCAGUACAAAGCCACCUGCCCCGCCAGGAUUUACAUUAAGAAGGUGCGGAAGUUUCCAGAAUACAGAGUGCCCACAGACCCCAAGGUGGACAAGAAGGUGGUGCGGCAGGAGCAGGAGAAGGCCUUCUUCAACCUCAAGAAGAGCCUGUGGGACGCAGGAGGAGUGCUGAGGUACUAUGUGCAGCUGCCCACGCAGAAGGCCCAUCUGUACCACAGCAUGGACACCCCCGUCCUGCCCUCGCUCCCCGCCCAGCUGCUGCUCCCCAAGGAGGAGGAGCCGGAGGAGGAGGAGGAGGAGGAUGAGGAUGAAGAGGGAGCAGGGGGCGAAGGAGGGACGGCAGAGGACGGGAGCUUCGUGCCCUCCCGCCUGCACCCUCGCGUGGCGGAGAAGAUCGUGGAGCUGGUGGCACAGGGGCACAGCCAGGUGUACGCCGUCCGCAAGCAGCUGAGGAAGUUUGUGGAGCGCGAGAUGUUCAAAUCGGACAAGGUGCCCGAGAGGCACAACCUGUGCUAUUUUCCGACCGUCAACGACAUCAAGAACCACAUCCACGAGGCCCAGAAGCAGCUGCAGCCGGGCGGGGCCGGGUUCGAGCCCGAGGGCACCGAUGCGCAGUGGGCUGCUGGGAGCGAGAGCGCCUUCUCAGAGACGGUGACCCUGACGCUGGCCCCCGCCACUGAAGCGACCCCACAGCGGGGCGAGGCUCUGGAGGGGAGCGACACGCUAUCCCACGAGGCCAUGCAGCUCUUCAGCUCGCUCACCGCCCUGCAGCCCAAGAUCUUUGCGCAGCUGCAUGGCGUCCAGUUCCAGCCUGCGCUGUGCGGCUCGGACAGGCCGCCGCCCCCCCAGCGGGACCUGGCCCCGCCCCCGGACGCGCCCGGCGCCGCCCCCCCGCAGCCCCUGCUCCUCAGCCCCGCCCAGUUCCUGCAGCCCGCCGCCCCCCUCGGGGAGGGCGUGUCCCUGUCGGACCCCGCCCCGCUGCUGGGCGUGGGGCAGCUGGUCAGCGUGUCUGCGCUCACGGACGGGUCCGGGGAGGGCGGAGUCCACCAGAUCCUGCUGGAUGACGGACAGGCCAUCCCGGUGCAGAUCGUGGAGCCUGUUACAGGUGCAGGGGUCAGCGUUCCCGAGGACCAAUCAGAGGCCUCGGAGCUGGAGGUCAGCGGGACGGACGGCCUGCACUCUCCGAAGGACUGAGAGGGCGAAAGCGGGGUACAUGAGGCUGCGCCCCGAAUCCCCAACUCCCCGAGCCCCCACUCCCAGGGUGGGGCCGCUUCCGGGGCCCUCCGACACCGGACAGGACACGGAGGACCCACCUGCCCCGCCCCGUCUCCCCCAGGCCCCGCCCACAGGGGGGCGCCACAGAAGAGCUCCAGUC